CGAACGGCUGUGCACAUGCGCGGCGCCCAUUUUAGCAGUUGCCUCAAAGUGGGGUCAGGGUCUUGUGUCCAGCUGUAACCAUUAGUCAGAAUGGGUUGGAGAUAAUUAUCCAAUAUUUUAUUGGGAUUUCACCCAGGAAUGAGGGUGGGAGAGAGAAAGAGAGAGUGUGGGGGACGGGGAAUUAUUAUUUGGAGGGAACAAGAGAGGAAAAUACACCACAGAAACUGGAAUUGUCUGUUUAAUGAAUUCUCUGCCUCACUGACAGUGAACUGUUUGGUUAUCUCCUGUCACAGGGACUAGAAGAGGAGGGUCACAUCAAGGAAACCCAAAACAAAGCAUCAGGUCAAGAUCUGACAGAGUCACUCCAUUCAUCAGGAGCUGAAAAUCACUGCCCUCUGACUGUGGACAGAGAAAUCUUCGUCUGUUUUGUCCUGAGGGGGAAGAUUUCAAACUAAUCCUCCCUUACAAAAACACUGGCACCAUGUAAACGUGUGGAGUGCGGUAAGGAAUGAAGAUUUCCAUCCAGGCUGGAAGCUCAUCGGCACAAUCAGACUGGAGAGAAACCAAUUAUUUGCUCCACGUGUGAGAAAUGAUUUGCUUGUUCAUGCAGUUUCAAGGUACACCAGAGACAUCACACCGGGGAGAAGUGGUUCAUCUGCACCACGUAUGGUAAAAGGCUCAUUAAUUUUUGCGAUUUUUGUGAAAGUUCACACUGGGGAGAAACCAUUCACCUGCUCUGAGUGUGGGAAGGUGUUUGCUCAGUCAUCUGAAUCACACCAGCAAACCCUCACUGGGGAGAAACUGCAGAAAGGGUUUCACUCACUCAUCCCACUUAGGUUCACACCAGAGAGUUCACACUCGACAAAUACUCUUCCCGUGUCCUGAUUGCAGGAAGAGAUCGUCAGUUAUCCAACUGACAUCAACAUCAGGGAACUCACACUGGAGAAAAACCAUUCACCUGCUCUGAGCGUGGGAACAAAUUUGCUUAGUCUUCCAAAUUGUAUGAGCACCAGAGAACUCUCACUGAAAAAAAAUGUUCACCUGCUGUGACUGCGGGAAGGGAUUCAGUCGGUCAUCCACCUUACGUGUUCACCAACGAAUUCACACAGGAGAAAAACCAUUCACCUGUCCUGAGUGUGGGAAGGGAUUCACUCAGUUAACAAACUUAGAAUCACACCUUAGAACUCACACCGGAGAGAAACCGUUCCCCUGUCCUGAGUGUGGGAAGGGAUUCGCUCGCCUCUCCAACUUACAUCAACAUCAGAGAAUUCACACAGGAGAAAAACCAUUCACCUGUCCUGAGUGUGGGAAGGGAUUCAGUCAGUUAACGAACUUAGAAUCACACCAUAGAACUCACACCGGAGAGAAACCGUUUCCCUGUCCUGAGUGUGGGAAGAGAUUCACUCGCGUAUGCAACUUACAUCAACACCAGAGAAUUCACACAGGAGAAAAACUAUUCACUUGUCCUGAAUGCGGGAAGGGAUUCACUCAGUUAGCAAACUUAGAAUCCCACCAUAGAACUCACACUGGAGAGAAACCGUUCCCCUGUCCUGAGUGUGGGAAGAAAUUCACUCGCGUAUCCAACUUACAGCAACACCACGAAGCAUACCAUAGAGAAAUACGGUUCACGUGCUCUGAUUGUGGGAAAGGAUUCACUUAUUCUUCCACGUUACGUCGGCAUCAGAGAACUCACACUGGAGAGAAGCCGUUUGCCUGCUCUGAAUGUGGAAAGGGAUUCGCUCAGUUAACAGACUUGCACCAACAUCAGGGAAUUCACGCUGGUGAAAAACCAUUCAACUGUCCUGACUGCGGGAAGGGAUUCACUCAGUUCGCGAACUUAGAAGCACACCAGAGAACUCACACCGGAGAGAAACCGUUCCCCUGUCCUGAGUGUGGGAAGAGAUUUAUUCGGUUAUCCACCUUACAGCAACACCAGGGAACACACAACAGAGAAAUACGGAUCGCCUGCUCUGACUGUGGGAAGGGGUUCACUUAUUUAUCCAGUUUACUUAGGCACCAGAGAACUCACACUGGAGAGAAACCAUUCACGUGCUCCAACUGCGGGAAGGGAUUCGCUCAGUUAUCCCAAUUACAUCAACACCGGCGAACUCACACUGGGGAAAAUCCGCUUCUCUGUCCGGAGUGUGGGAAGAGAUUCACUCAAUUAUUCGACUUACGUCAACACCAGAGAACCCACACGGGAGAAAAACCAUUGGCCCGCUCUGAGCGUGGGAAGGGAUUUGCUCAUUCUUCCAAGUUACGUGAGCACCAGGGAACUCCGAGUGGAGAGAAACCGUUCACCUGCUCUGACUGCGGGAGGGGAUUCACUUAUUCUUCCACUUUAUUGAGGCACCAGCGAACCCACACUGGGGAGAAGCCUUUCACCUGUCCUGAGUGCAUGAAGAGUUUUACUCAGUUAGCGAACUUACAUUCACACCAGAGAACUCACACUGGAGAAAAACUGUUCCCCUGUCCUGAAUGCGGGAAGCGAUUCGUUACAUUAUCCAACUUACAACAACACCAGAGAACUCACACUGGGGAAAAGCCAUUCACCUGCUCUGACUGUGGGAAGGGAUUCGCUCAGUCAUCUACCUUACGUGUACACCAACGAACUCACACGGGAGAAAAACCAUUCACCUGCCCUGAAUGUGGAAAGGGAUUUGUUCGGUGUUCCAACUUGCAUCAACACCAAAGAACUCACGCUGGAGAGAAACCAUUCACCUGCCCUGAAUGUGGAAAGGGAUUUGCUCAGUUAUGCAACUUGCGUCAACACCAAAGAACUCACACGGGAGAAAAACCAUUCACCUGUCCUGAAUGUGGAAAGGGAUUCACUCACUUAUCCAACUUGCAUCAGCAUCAGAGGACUCACACUGGGGAGAAACCAUUCACCUGUCCUGAAUGCGGAAGGGGAUUCACUCAGUUAGUGAAAUUAGAAUCCCACCACAGAACUCACACCGGAGAGAAACCGUUCCCCUGCCCUGAAUGCGGGAAGGGAUUCAGUCAAUUAGGGAACUUGCGUUCCCACCAGAGAACUCACACUGGAGAAAAGCCAUUCACCUGCUCUGACUGCGGGAAGGGAUUCACUCAGUCAUCCAAUUUACAUGUACACCAGAGAACUCACACUGGGGAGAAACCGUUCAUCUGUACCAAGUGCGGUAAGGAGUUUGCUCAUUCAUCAACUUUACACGUACACCAGAGAAUUCACACUGGGGAGAAACCAUUCACCUGCUCUGAGUGUGGGAAGGGAUUUGCACAGUCAUCAAAGUUAUAUCGACACCAGAGAACUCACACUGGGGAGAAACCAUUCAUCUGCUCUGACUGUGGGAAGGGAUUCGCUCGGUUAUCCACCUUGCAGGUGCACCAGGGAAUACACUCUGAAGAAAAAAUGUUCACCUGCUCCAACUGUGAGCAAAGAUUUGCUCAUUUAUCCAGCUUACAGACACACCAGAGAAGUCACGCUGGGGAGAAAUCAUUCAUCUGCACCACAUGUGGUAAGGGGUUCGCUAAUUCAUCUGGAUUGCAUGUACAUCAGAAAGUUCACGCAGGGGAGAAACCAUUCACCUGCUCUGACUGUGGGAAAGUGUUUGCUCAGUCCUCCAAGUUACGGCAACCCCAGCAAACUCAUACUGGAGAAAAACCAUUUACCUGCCCCGAUUGCGGGAAGGAAUUCACUCAGUUAUCCGACUUACAUUCACACCAGGAAGCGCACACCGGGGAGAAACCAUUCCCUUGCUCUGACUGUGGGAAGGGAUUCACUGAGUUGUCCACUUUACAGGUGCACCAGAGAAUCCACACUGGAGAGAAACCGUUCACCUGCCCUGAGUGCGGGAAGAGAUUCUCUCAGUUAUCCAACUUAAAUCGACAUCAGAGAACUCACACUGGAGAGAAACCGUUCACGUGCUAUGAGUGCGGGAAGAGAUUCUCUCAGUUAUCCAACUUAAAUCAACAUCAGAGAACUCACACAGGAGAAAAGCCAUUCAUCUGCCCUGAGUGUGGGAAGGGAUUCACUCAGUUAUCCAAUUUACAUUCACACCAGGGAGCUCACUCUGGGAAAAAAACUUUCACCUGCUCUGAGUGUGGGAAGGGGUUUGCUCAGUCGUCCAAGUUAUGCGAACACUGGAGAAUUCACACUCGGGAGAAACCAUUCAUCUGCUCUGACUGUGGGCAGGGAUUUGUUCAGGCAUCCACCUUACGUGUACACCAGCGAACUCACACAGGAGAAAGACCGUUCACUUGCCUUAAGGGCGGGAAGAGUUUCACCCAGUUAUCCAACUUACAGCAACCCCAGAGGACUGACUGUCAGCUGCGCACUAUCAGGCAGGCAAGCUCACAUCCAGAGUGAGAGACAGCCCGACAAACUGAUGACGUGGUAACUGCUGCAGUGCCUGUGUUUUCUCCUGCCUUGAAUGACACGAGAUCUACCAUCACCUGCACAAUCUCACCACAGGAUACGGUCUCGAGGAUGGAGUCGUCAUAAUAAUAACUGUAGGCAAAAUAAUUUUCAUUGUUCACUGGGUGAAGAGAGUACCUUGUUGAACAUUACAUGCACGUGUAACAACCCACGUACUCCCAUCUCCAGGGAACAGGAGCUUAGUCAUCUUUAUCCCACAUGGCUACUGUUCACUAAAAAACAACUACUGUUACUCUGUGACAUAGUUAAAAAUCACACACGACACCAGGUUAUAGUCCCACAGGUUCAUCUGGAAGGACACGCUUUCAUAGCACUGUUCCUUCAUGAGGUAGCUAGUGGAGUAAAGUCAUAGGGCACAGAAUUUAUGGCACCUCCACAUCAUGACUGUAUGACGUGGAAUCGCACCGUACCCCUCGAUUACUGUGCAACAUUAGAUGGCAAUAACUACACCUCACUGUUGCCCUGAAAUAAGACUAUCAGAAGGCAGUGUCUAAAGGAGGUCUUGUCUAACAGUAGCUCACAUGAAAAUUGGUGUAAUAUCUUGCUUUUAAAUGAUGAUGGCUAAUAUUCCAUAGAAUCCCUGCAGUGUGGAAACAGAUCCAUACUGACCCUCUGAAGAGUAACCCACCCAGACCCAUUCCCCUGCCAUAUUAUCCUACAUUUACCCCUGACUAAUGCACCUUGAAUAUUAUGGGCUGUUUAGGCCAGCCAAUUCACCCUAACCUGCACAUCUUUGGACUGUGGGAGGAAACCGAAGCACCCAGAGGAAACCCACGCAAACACUGGGAGAAGGAUGUGCAAACUCCACACAGACAGUCGUCCGAGGUUGGAAACAAACCCGGGUCCCUGGCCCUAUGAAGCAGUAUCACUAACCACAGCCACCGUGCCAGCCAAAGCUAGCAUCUUAUGUCAAGAUGUUAGAGAGAUAUGGGACAUGGAUUCUGGUGUGUGAGCUUACAGUGGACUGAGUGGAAGGGCCCAUCCAAAACAUAUAGAUACCCCAUCUUCACUUGUAUGAUGGAUAUAUUCCAGUGGCAAAACAAAAUAUGGUUUUGACUGUGACAGUGGAAAUAACUAA